CAUGACGUACACUUUCUUUUUCUUCUUCUUUACUUGACUCUUCCAGUUUCCGUUGACUCUCAAAACGACUUUCAUUCUUGAUCUGGAUCUUACCAGCGUAUGAAAUCACUGAAUAAUAAUAAUUAGUUGAAUAAUGAGUGAAGAAGAUGAACUUCCAUUAGAGGGACAACUACGCAAAGAAAAGAAUAAAAUGUUGGUACUAAUUCUGAAACCAUAUUACUGGUUCAGAAUGCUAUGUGAUAAAUUUCACUGGAGCUUUGUGUCAGGUGUGGUUAUUAUAUAUGGUAUUAAUCAGGGAUUGAGUACAGGUUUAAGCAAGAUUAGUACUCAGUAUUAUAUGAAGGAUGAGCAAAAGCUACAACCUUCUGAAGCUCAAAUAUAUUCAGGAAUAAUUCAACUUCCUUGGAUUGUGAAACCUCUUUGGGGCCUUUUAACUGAUACUCUUCCCAUUAGAGGAUACAAAAGGAGGCCAUACUUCAUUCUUGCUGGUUUUCUUGGUGCUUUUGCCAUGCUCAGUUUGUCAUUCGGCCACAACUUACAACUUGCAUCUGCUUUGUUGUGCCUGAUGGGUGGUAGUGCUGCGCAGGCAGUAGCAGAUGUUACUAUUGAUGCAUGUGUCACAGAGAACAGUAUAAGCCAUCCUUCUCUUGCCAGUGACAUGCAAAGCUUGUGUGGAGUGAGCUCUUCAGUCGGGCAACUGAUUGGCUAUACUAUCAGUGGCUUUUUGGUUCAUCUAAUUGGAUCUAAGGGAGUGUUUGGAGUUUUAAGCAUUCCAGCUGCGCUGGUAAUUUUGGUAGGAAUGAUGCUGCACGAACCCUUUAUACACAAUGUUGCAUACAGGCAGGUAGGUCAAAAGUUCUUGGAUGCUUGUAAGGCUAUGUGGAUGGCACUGAAAUGCGAGAAUGUGUGGAGGCCGUGUCUGUACAUGUACAUUUCGCUUGCAUUGAGUUUGCAUAUUCACGAGGGAAUGUUUUACUGGUAUACAGAUGCAAAGGGUGGCCCAUUGUUCUCAAAGGAGAUUGUAGGUACAAUAUCCUCUGUAGGUGCAGUAGGCUAUCUUCUUGGAGUUCUCCUCUACCAGAAUGCUUUUAGAAACCAUCCUUUUCGUUUCGUACUUUUUUGGUCUCAGCUAUUAUAUGGCGCUUCAGGACUGCUGGAUUUGAUAUUGAUAUCACGAGUAAACCUGCAGUUUGGAAUCCCUGAUUAUGUUGUUGCUGUAUGCGAUGCAGCAAUUUCUCAUAUGAUCGGGCGUCUCAGAUGGAUGCCUCUUCUAGUACUCAGUUCAAAGCUUUGCCCUUCUGGCAUUGAAGGAACUUUCUUCGCUUUGCUAAUGUCAAUUGAUCAUGUUGGUAGUCUCACAGCAUCUUGGGCUGGAGGCCUUUUACUUCACACCUUGAAUGUCACAAGAACUCAAUUUGACAACCUUUGGAUAGCAGUAGUUAUCCGGAGCAUUUCGAGGGUCCUUCCAAUUAGCAUUCUGUUUUUGGUGCCAAGCAGUGAUCCCACUGCUUCUAUUCUACCAACUGAGAUGUUGAAUAGGAAAAAGGGCGACGAUAACUUGGGCACUCAAAAGCUGGAGAUGACUCCGCUAGUAACCAACAUCGAUCAACAUUUAGUGGAUUCAUAAGUGCAAUAGUAGGGAAAGUAUACUCCACCAUUCUGGUCUGCAAUUGUUUUUGUCUCUAGCUGCUAUAUUUUUAGCAGCGUGACCGAGAUUGUACAGGACGAAUUUACUAGCUUUCUACUAAAGAAGUUAGAGCACACUGAACAAAGUUAUUUACCUGGUACGCCUCAGUUUGAUGUUAACCAUUUGUAUUUUGUACCAUUCUAGCAAAUGACCAUGUAAAUUUGUUUUAAUGAAGUAGUACUUGUGAAUCCAGCUCAAGAAUUGAAACAUGCUACUGUGGUUGGCUCUGGUAUUGUUGUGAUUUCGAGGAGAAAAAGGAAUCAUUUUUCUACGGACCACAGGCUCGGUUGUCGAGACAUUCUAUUGUGGGCAUGAUGCCUGUUUUUAUAUGCUUGUAAAGAAUAUGCUAAUUUGUAUUCUUUCCUGUAAAAACUUUUGAUUUUGAUGAGAUGAUUAAGCAUCAAUA